AUGAGAAAACGUCUGAUCCAAAUAUCUGGCUUCUUGAUUUCAUCGUUGGGAUGGUUGUUUGUGCUCUGCACCAUGGCAAUGGACUUUUGGAGGAUUACCAAAAUCGGAGGGCAAGGAGGCUCGUACAUCAUCAAAGUGGCCUGGUACUGGUCCAACCUGUGGAGCGACUGUUACACAGAUUCUGCGGCUGUGACCAACUGUAGAGAAUACCCAGUGCUCUGGAAUGUUGCUUAUUACGUCCAGGCAGUGAGAGGAUUGCUAAUGUGCGGGUUAACUAUUGGAUUCUUUGCUGUAGUGUGUUGCUUUGUUGGGAUGGAGUGCACUUAUAUCGGCGGAUCUGACAAAACCAAGGACAAAGUGCUCUUUACAGGAGCAGUGCUUCAUUUUGUUGGUGGUAUGUCAGACAUUGCUGCCUACUGCUUAUACAUCAACAGAAUUGCCAGGACAGCUUUUGCUCGAAGGGUCGCAUCAGGAGUUUUGCGAUAUGAAUUAGGACCUCCAGUUUUUCUAGGAUUGGCAGGAUGCUUUUUCAUCCUAGUCGGGGCUGUUCUUUAUGCUGUGACAGUGUAUAAAGUAAUCCGCAGAGAAAGCAGAGUAGUACAAGCCUGUGAUGCUCACACGUACAUGGCGCCUCCAUCCAGAGGAAGAUCCAUUUAUUCCGGAUACUACAAACCCUCCAAGCUGUAUGGGUCUAACUAUAUGGGCUCAGGACGAUCAAGCGCCCAACUUUUAAAGCUCUCUCAGGCAACACCAACGAAACCCUCAGACAGAGAUGCAUUUGUCUAG